AACAAACACUACUGAAAUGUCUUUUUUGAAGCCAUUUAUAGCUCCAUUAUUCUCUUUAUUCUUGCUGUCCUCUUUUUCCAGAUCUCAAGCUUCUGUUCCUGCCUCCAACCAGUUCAAAUUUGUCAAUGAUGGCGAAUUCGGUCGUUACAUAAUAGAGUAUGAUGGAAAUUAUCGUGUACUUAAUGUUUUCAACUCCCCAUUCCAACUUUGUUUCUAUAACACCACUCCUAAUGCCUUUACCCUAGCUCUACGCAUGGGCUUGACGAGUUCUGAGUCACUGUUCCGAUGGGUAUGGGAGGCUAACAGGGGAAACCCAGUUCGUGAAAAUGGCACCCUUACGUUUGGGAGGGACGGAAACUUAGUCUUGGCCGAUGCCGAUGGCCGGAUUGCAUGGCAAACCGGCACCGCCAACAAAGGGGUCGUUGGGUUCAAGUUACUCUCUAAUGGUAACAUGGUCCUUUAUGACUCCAAUAAUAAGUUCAUAUGGCAAAGCUUUGACUACCCGACUGACACUCUCUUGGUGGGCCAGUCUCUUAAGGCCAAGGGGCCCACUAAACUUAUCAGCAGGGCUUCUGCUAUUGAUAAUGAUAAUGGGCCUUAUAGUUUGGUACUUGAGCCCAAAUGGUUGGCAUUGUAUUACAAGAGCAUGAACUCCCCCAAGCCCAUGCUUUAUUUUACAUCUUCUGGGUUGUUUACUAUCAGUCAAGGCAGUUUAGAGAGUGUGACAUUUAACAGUGAACCAGAUAUUGGUGGUGCCUAUAACUUAUUAUUUGACUACAGUGUGACCAGUCCUUCAAGCACUGGGAACCGCUAUUUGGGUAGGGCCAAAUACAAUGCCACGUUAUCGUUUCUCCGAUUGGGGAUUGACGGAAACAUCAAGUUUUACACUUACAACGAUAAGGUGGACAUUGAUGCAUGGGAGGUGACGUAUACCCUAUUUGACAGAGACUCUAACAACGAAACCGAGUGCCAGUUGCCGGAAAGGUGCGGGAAAUUUGGGCUUUGUGAGGACAUCCAGUGUGUUGCAUGCCCCAAGCCCAAUGGGUUGCUAGGUUGUUGCAAAGAUUGUGAGGCCGUGAAGGUGAGCUCAGGACACUUCUUUGUGUUGGAUUGCUUAUGACUUGAAGACCCUCACAAAAGUUGCCAAUUCCACACAUUUGGGCUACAUAAAGGCACCCAAACUUUAAUCAGGCUCAGUGGGCCUUGUUUUGUGGGUUUAGUGUUCGGAAAUGAAUAAAAAACGAAAUAAUUUCCUUUUUGUGAGAAACCAAGUUUCUACUUUUUGUGGAA